AUGGAAAAACUAGCAUUGAGAAGCUUAAGCAGCCAGGCUAAAAUUGUGGGUGCCAUCGUAUCUAUAGCAGGAGCACUUGUGGUGGUUCUCUACCAAGGUCCCAUAGUUGUGCGAGGCUCAUCAUCAUCAUCCAAAUCGCUUUAUCUAGCUCUGAGAUCACCACAAUCAAAUUGGAUCAUUGGUGGUGCUCUUCUUACAGCUAACUGUUUUGUACUCUCCCUUUGGUAUAUUAUACAGACCAAAAUUGUCGAGAAGUAUCCAGCGGAGCUACUUGUAGUGGCUCUCUACACCUUAUGUGUGGCCAUCAUUACUACACCAGUGGCGUUCAUUCUUGAACCAAACUUGAGUGCAUGGAAAAUAACUACUAAGAUGAUGUUGAGUGGCAUUUUGUAUUCUAAGGGCCCGGGAAUACUAUUUCAGAUUGAACAGCUUUAUUAG